AUGGUAGUGGGGAACAUUCCCUUGUUAAGAAAUACAAACGACCACAAUUUUAAGUAUUUACGGUAUUGCCAAAGCCAUGACUCACAGCAUCUAGGCCUGCACCUCCCCAACUAAUUUUAAUCAUUCUCAGAAUGCUCUGAGGGCUUAGCUAAUCAUGUUGGCGAGGACUAUUUAGAGCCCUACCUUGGGCCACUAUUGGCUGAUCUAGAAAUCGGAGUGGGUAAACAUUAACCACGCUCACAAACACACUCAAUUUCAAUCUACUGCAACCUCGUACUCCUGGUGGUGACACCGGCACUCAGCUAUUGGUGGUCACACCAGCAGCCGACUCUGACAUAAUCCGUCUCUGCUCAUAUAUCAUCGCCCCCCACAGACUCGUAUGAUAACGGGUCCUCCUCCUUCCCCGUGCAGUGUUUUGUAUAUACUGUAUAUGCAUAGUUUGGCUUGCGUGCUCAAAAAAAAUGUCGACCAUCACAGUGAGCAAGUUGUUGCUGGUAUUGCUGGGGGUCCUUUUCGUGGGGAUGCUCUCCACCAUCAUCGCUCUGUCAGUAGUCUACUCCAACGAGUUGAACGUCAACAAAGAGCCAGCUGCCCCUGCGCCCACCGAGAAGACAACACCGAAGCCCUCCGACAUUACAAACGAGAAGCCCACUCCGACUAUUCGCCCCGGACCUUGGAAGAACAUUCGCCUCCCUAAGAACCUGGUGCCCAGCAGCUACAAGGUGAAGCUCUGGCCAAAGCUAGAUCCGGACCCCGUGACCAAACUCUACACAUUCAGCGGCGACUCCACCGUCGAGUUCCAGUGUCUAGUCCCAACGAGCAACGUCAUCAUCCACAGCAACAAACUCAACUACACCGUGAAGGGCGGCCACUUGGCUCUCCUCAAAGACUCCUCGGGGAACGGUGUGGAGGUGGCAAGCUCCUGGCUGGAGCCCAAGAACCAGUACCUGGUGCUGGAACUGAAGGCUCCGCUGCAGAAGGAUGCGAUCUACACGAUGGCCACCCAGUUCGUGGGCGAGCUGGCCGAUGACCUCGCGGGCUUCUACCGCAGCGAGUACACGGAGGGUGGAGUUCGCAAGGUUGUGGCCACCACGCAGAUGCAGCCCACGGACGCACGCAAGGCCUUCCCGUGCUUCGACGAGCCGGCCAUGAAGGCUACGUUUGACGUGACGAUUAGACACAAACCCGAGCACAAGGCCAUCUCAAACAUGCCCAUUAUAGAUAAAAAAGACAUCACAGAAGGGACAAUUACCUGGAGAGAAACCACGUUCAACACAACUCUCAAGAUGUCCACCUACCUGCUGGCCUUCAUCGUGUGCGAAUUUACUUACAUCGAGAAAAUAGAAAACGGCACACAGAUACGCAUCUGGGCGCGGCCGCAGGCAGUGGACGAUGGCCAGGCAGACUAUGCCCUCAAUAUCACCGGCAACAUUCUCAACUUCUUUGCGGAUUACUACCGAGUGGCCUACCCGCUUCCCAAGUCUGACCAGAUCGCGCUGCCGGACUUUGCCGCCGGCGCGAUGGAGAACUGGGGCCUGGUGACGUACCGCGAGACGGCGCUGCUGUACGACCCGGUGCAGUCGUCCAACGGCAACAAGGAGCGCGUGGCUUCGGUCGUGGCGCACGAGCUGGCGCAUCAGUGGUUCGGGAAUCUGGUCACGCUGAAAUGGUGGAACGACCUCUGGCUAAACGAGGGCUUUGCUACCUAUGUGCAGUACCUGGGAGCAGACUAUGCUGAACCAUCUUGGGAAAUGAAACAACUGUUCGUGAUAUUGGAGCUGCAACAUGUGUUUUCCAUGGACAGCCUGGCCUCCUCUCAUCCUCUGUCCUCUGAUGAAUCAGACAUCAACACACCAGAAGAAAUCAGUGAGCAAUUCGACUCCAUCUCUUACAGCAAGGGUGGAUCUGUGCUCCGUAUGUUAUCAUCAUUCCUCACUGAGCCUGUGUUUGUAGAAGGACUAAAUACUUACCUCCUGGCUCACCAGCUCAGCAAUGCAGCGGUGGAUGACCUGUGGGAUCACCAGCAGCAGGCGGUGAACAAGAACAACGUGAUCCUCCCAAAAACGGUGAAAGAGAUCAUGGACACAUGGACGCUCCAGAUGGGCUACCCUGUGAUCAAGCUCGAUACGAGCAGUGGCAAGGUCACCCAGAAGCACUUCCUGAUCGAUCCCGAAGCGGUCGUUGAGCGGCCAUCGCCCUUCAAUUACCAGUGGCAUGUGCCCAUCACAUGGAAGAAGGAUGGAUCCAAUAACACUGUGUGGUUACUGGGAGUUCAAGAGUCUACCUUUACCGAGCUACAGAGUACUGACAAAUGGGUCCUGCUCAACAUCGAUGAAGAGGGAUAUUACCGUGUCAACUACGAUGUUGCCAACUGGAAUCGCUUGCUGGCUCAGCUGAAAACUAACCUCGAAAUGAUACCCGUGAUCAACAGAGCACAAAUCAUUGACGAUGCCUUUAACUUGGCCAGGGCAAAACACAUAGACGUGGAGCUGGCUCUGAACACCACACUCUACCUGAUUGAUGAGCGCAAGUACCAGCCCUGGCAGGCGACCAUCUCCAGCAUUUCCUACUUCAAGCAGAUGCUUGACCGCUCUGCGGUAUUCGGGAAUAUGCAGAAAUACAUCCUGCAGCAAGUCUUACCGCUGUACAUUUACUACGAUGAGCUUGUGAGCAGCAACUGGAACGAUGUCCCACCAGGGCAUGCCGACCAAUAUAACCAAGUCAACGCUAUCUCACUCGCAUGCUCCAACAACCAUGCACCUUGUCAGCAGAAUGCAAUUGCUAUCUACCAUGCAUGGAUGACCAAUUCCAACUUCAUUAUCCACGCGAACCUCAAGUCGACGGUGUACUGCGCGGCGAUAGCAGCGGGUGGGCAGGCGGAGUGGGACUUUGGUUGGAAGAUGUUCAAGGAGACGUCGCUCGCCACGGAGGCCGAUAAACUCCGGGAUGCACUAGCUUGCAGUGAGGAGACCUGGAUCCUCAACCGGUUUCUAGAGUACACUCUGGACCCCACAAAGAUUCGGAAACAGGACGCAACCAAUACCAUCGUGAUGAUUGCCAGAAACGUUGUGGGGCAGUCUCUGGCUUGGGACUUCAUCCGAGCCAAUUGGAAGUACAUCUUCACCGAGUACGGAGGAGGCUCCUUUUCCUUUUCACGCCUCAUUGAAGGAGUUACGAGACGAUUCUCCACAGAAUAUGAGCUCAAGCAGCUGGAGCAGUUCAAGGCCGACAACCACGAAGUCGGCUUCGGGUCCGGAACACGAGCGCUCGAGCAGGCCCUGGAGCGCACCAAGGCCAAUAUCAAAUGGCGUGCAGAGAACGAGAAACGGAUUGGCGAAUGGUUCACCGCCAACAUAAGCCCAUAGGAGGCACACAGCCCACGGGAUGACACAAAAACAUUUCACUGCCUGCAAUGAGUUUAUAUUCAAAUAAAUAAUUUGGUGUAAAAAAUAUAUGAACUGCAUCCUAAGUGCAUUUAUUUGACGAAAUAUAAAAGUAAAUAUUUUUCAUGAGUAAGACAAAGUUUACUUGCAUUUUACUUUAAACAAGUCAACAAAUGAAAAAAAUGUUCUUAUAUGUACAUCAACGUGUAAUUUACAGACUACAGAUGUGGAACGUGUAUAAUUUAGGGGGCGGGGAAGCUAGCAUUUAAUUGUUUCAUGUAAGAGAUCACCUUUGCACAAGCAAUGUAAUAAUGAUAUAAACGUGUUUACAUUUUUCUUGGUUCUUUCGGUAAAAGGAAAACAAUAAAAACAAUAACAUUUAAUUGUUUUAAUAUAACAAAAAAUUAUUGUUUUAAUAUAAAACUAUUUUAUUGUUUUAUAUUUGUAUUAUUUUAUCAUUUCCCUUCUACGUGACUUUACCAAAAGAACCAAGAAUAUGAAUCCCUGCAGUCACGAAAGAUUUAUAUCAAAAUUUAGUGUUUACAUUUAUUUCUAUGUUUAAGAGAAAUCAUGCUUGAUUUAUGUACGUAUUUUUACCCGAAAUUAUAUUAAUUUGAUUAGCCUCCUUUUUAAAAAUUUAAAUUAAAAACGUAAAUUGUGUUUGCUGGAAUUAAGUUAAUGGCUUGAAGAACACAGUCCAGCAAAAUCAUUGUUUGAAGGUCAGUGGACCUCAACUUGGUUAAAUGUUCAUUUAUGGGCUAAGCGUUUUCAUUUGAAUAUCCUCCAUUAUGAAAAAGACUGUGAAAACAACAGUUUCACACGUAAAAUACGGUGCAUUGCUCAACAAAUGACAGUAUGUGCAACGAAACAAUAAAACAUGUAUUUUAAUUCAA